AUGAUCAAGCUGCUCAAGGAAAAGCUAGCGCCAAAGGAGAACCGCGAGAAAGCUCUGUUAAUAAAACGUGAGCGAGAGCUUACAAUUCCAAAACGAGGAACGAAGCCAAAGGAACUAGCAAAGAAAUGGAGGGAACUUCUCAUGGACAUGAAUCUUGCCAAUUUUAAAGCGCUAACGUCCGAGCAGCUGGCAAGGGACUUCAUUGAUUCGACCGAGGGAGUUCUUCCUAAGUUUCACGAACUUUGGUCAACUACCCUGCUCCAAUAUGACUUGAAUUCAAAGAUGAGCACCUUAUCCGAACCUCCAACAAUUGAGGGCAUAUUGAACGAAUUCGACUCAUGGACAGACGCAUAUGCGAAGAAGGAAUUGAAUCCGAAGCCGGAUAUAACCAUGGCGACGUUCAGCAACAAGUCCGAUCAACCUGAGAAGAAUAACGAACGGUCAGCAACACCGAAAUCUAACAGGAAAAUCACAUGUUUAGACGGUGAGGAACAUGGAUUUGAGAAUUGCCCAUAUGUCAAUCCAGAAAAACGGACUUCGGAAUGGAAACCGGAUCCCAAUAUCCAAAAGAAAUUCGACGUCCUCGAGAAGGAUAAGACGCAUCCCAAAGCCAAGAAAUUGCGAUGGGUAAAGAAACGGAUCGAACGGAAAAUGAAAGAUGAUACUUCAACCGACUCUAACAAAAACAGUGACCAGCAAGAACAAUCCAAUUUGGUGUAUGAUUCUGAUGAGUUCUGUGGAACCGUUCUGGAUACUGUGUUGUCAGCCUCAGGCAACAAGCGAGAUAUGAAGGAUGAGUGGAUUCUUGAUUCCGGAUCUGAGCGAAAAGACGAGGAUUUGUGCAAUAUUAAAUGGCAUGGACGGCUUAUUUUGCUCGAAUGGAAGAAUAACAAGACUCCUAAGAGUUCACUACAAUACGAGUUAGCAAUGAGUUCAUUCGAGAAAGUAACGUUGAAAGAUCCGGCAUUGGCAUGGCACAAACGAUUCGGUCAUAUAUCCCAAAAAGCAGUCCAGAAAUUGGAGGAAGCGACUGAGGGAGCAGUCGUCACCACAAGCGAGAUUCUGAACAGAAAUCCCGACGGAUUCCAGGAAAAGUGCGAAGUUUGCGAGAUGAGCAAAGCACGCAGAAAAAUCAGCAGAGUCUCGAUGACGAAGCCAACGAAGCCGUUUCAAGUCCUGUUCGUUGACAUUAUUGUCAUGAAUCUUGCAAUGAAUGGGCACACCUACGCGUUACACGCAGUCGAUCCGUACACGAAGUUCCACGUUAUUACUACCACCAAGACGAAAUCAGUUAAUUUUACCUUGGAAACAAUGAUAGAGGAAAUUGAGCAUACCUUCAAGGCACAUAUUGACGAAGUCCAUCUGGACGGAGAGUCGUCACUAAAUGGAAUCAGCUUCACAAAAUAUUGCCGCGAGAAUAAAAAGAGAUUGCUGGUUACCGUACCUGGAACGCCUGAGCGAAAUAACUACAGGUUCAAGCUCAUAAGAUUCGCUGCCAAUUAUAAACUAUAA